CCACAUCGCGGUAAGGAGUUUGCGCCGUUAUGCAUUACGGCAUGAAAAAUAAUAAUUCUAAAAAUAUUAGUAAAAUUUGUUCGUUCGAUAUUUUGGAAAGGGUUGAAUAUCUGCACUUACUCCUGAGAUGCAAUGUAUAGUCUUAACGGAUUCUUACAAAUGUGUAAAGUUUCCAAAAAAUCUGAGGGUUGCGAGAUUUGUCGAGCCCUUGUUAGUGAUAUUCUAUCUUUGAAUAUCGAGUGAUUCCUGGUGUCGAAGGUAGAGUCGAAGGAAACCAAAAAGAUUCGCACGCGCGACUCGUAGGCGGCAGGUGAGCUUCGAUAAAGCGAGAGAGAGAAAGAAAGAGAGACGAUUGACGCGCGUGGGUGGUUGGUCAUGGAAUUAUACGUCGAGCGUAGUCUGCCUGUAGCAGGAAAAGUGGGAAAAGCUAGCAAAGGAGAGAGAGAGAGAGAGAGUGAGAGAAAGGGACGAGGACGAAAAGGGGUAGGUGGGUGUCGAGAAGGAAAAGGCGAAGGUGGGAUAACGAGUCGAGUUGAGCUGAACCGGCGCGGCUGUGGCACAUGCGCGCCUUUUCCGGAUUAUCUCUACGACUUUUAGACACGGCAGUCCAAUUGAGACCGUUCUACCGUACGCACCGUUCACUAAUUCGCACCUAAUUCGGACACACCAAGUUCCUCUUUCCUUUUCGUACAUUAUUAUCUCAGUGUUUGUCUGUCUGUCUUUCUGUCUCUCCGUCUGUCCGUUUAUUCAUUAUUUUUUAUUCAUUAAUAAUCCGUUAGUUGUUUAUCUUUUUCACUAAUCAUUCGAUUCUCAUCUUUCUACUAUUAUUCCUCUGUUCGUUUGUCUCUAUUCGACGGUAAAAAAAGAAAUAAGUCUAGGAGGAGUUUGAGGGUAACGCGCGCGCGCGCGAAAACUCGACUGCUGUUACUACUGCCGUUGCUGCUGAUUAUCGAUGAGAGUAGUAUACGCCGUCGCUAGCCGGUCAGCGGCACCAUCGUCGUCGACGUUAACAACGACGAUGCAUUUGGGGAAUCGAACGGGGCGAUUCGUUGGCGGCAAACACAACGGCGGAGUGCUUAGAAAUCGCGAAUAAAUGUGUCGGUCACGGUAUAAGACGUGAGAGAAGAGAAGCGGGGGCCACCGGCAAGCCGAGGUUUAUUUUUAGUGGCAAGCGCCAAGCAGCAAGCGGAGUGGUAUAAACGGCGCGCACAGUGGCCCGAUGAAGCGGCGUUUGUGACAUCAAAUUUCUCCUCUCUUGCCACCUCGAGAACGAACACCCCGAGACAUCUCGCCGUCGGACCAUCCACGCUGUUUGUCCUCCGAUUACUUGGAGGACAGUGGAGCAGAGACGUUAGGGAUCAAUAAGAGCUGGUAGCUUAAGAGAACAAUAUUAGAGUUGGCUUAGGCCAACUACGGUAACUAAGGCAAAAUGGCGACAAUAGAUGGCCGACCAGCCCAAUAUGGAAUUACUCUUAAGCAACUACGGGAGCUCAUGGAGCACAGAGGUCGUGAAGGUAUCAAUAAGGUCAAUAGUUAUGGUGGUGUACAAGACAUAUGUAAAAAGCUAUAUACUUCACCCAGCGAAGGUCUCAGUGGGUCGACAGCGGACAUUCAACAUAGGAGAGAUACAUUUGGCUCCAACAUGAUUCCUCCAAAGCCACCUAAGACGUUUUUAACAUUAGUAUGGGAAGCUUUACAAGAUGUUACAUUAAUCAUCUUGGAAAUAGCAGCUUUGGUUUCGUUAGGUCUUAGUUUUUACCAACCGGUGGAUGAAGAAAACACGGGAUCUUCAUUUGAAGAAGAUGAAGGAAAAUAUGGUUGGAUUGAAGGACUCGCUAUAUUGAUUUCUGUUAUUGUGGUGGUGAUAGUGACGGCAUUCAAUGACUAUUCCAAAGAAAGACAGUUUAGGGGUUUACAAAAUCGAAUUGAAGGAGAACAUAAAUUCUCUGUUAUUCGACAAGGAGAAGUCAAACAGAUUUCUGUAUCCGAUAUCGUUGUAGGUGACAUAUGUCAGAUAAAAUAUGGAGACCUGCUACCUGCAGAUGGUAUCCUUAUACAAAGUAACGAUCUUAAAGUGGAUGAAUCCAGUUUAACUGGAGAAUCGGAUCAUGUAAAGAAAGGAGAAGCGUUCGAUCCUAUGGUUCUUUCAGGCACUCACGUGAUGGAGGGAUCCGGAAAAAUGUUAGUGACGGCGGUAGGUGUUAACUCUCAGGCUGGUAUAAUCUUCACCUUGUUAGGUGCUGCUGUUGACCAGCAAGAGCAAGAGAUAAAGAAGAUGAAAAAAGAGGCUAAAAAGCAGCGGAAGAAGAAGUCAUUACCAGGAGACGAAGCGGCAGAAAUCACCGGAAACAGCCAUGCUGUUGGAAGUGGUGGCGGAGGUAAACACGAGGGUGGAGAAAAUCAUCAUGGAGGUGGACAAGCAAGUGGCGGAGAGAGUACUAAGAAGGAAAAGAGCGUACUACAAGCUAAAUUAACAAAGCUCGCCAUACAAAUUGGUUACGCUGGCUCAACCAUAGCAGUGCUCACCGUGAUCAUUCUAGUUAUACAAUUUUGUGUGUCGACUUUCGUAAUGCAGGGAUUGCCAUGGAAGAACACUUAUGCCGGUGAUCUGGUACGGCAUUUGAUUAUCGGUGUGACUGUCCUCGUCGUAGCCGUACCUGAAGGCCUUCCUCUGGCUGUCACGUUAUCUCUCGCUUAUUCCGUCAAGAAAAUGAUGAAGGACAACAAUUUGGUGCGGCAUUUGGAUGCUUGUGAAACGAUGGGUAACGCUACCGCCAUUUGUUCGGAUAAAACCGGAACCCUAACGACCAACCGAAUGACAGUAGUGCAGUCCUACUUGUGCGAGAAAAUGAGCAAAACGGUUCCAAAUUUUUCCGAAAUCCCGAGCCACGUUGGAAAUUUAUUAAUUCAAGCCAUCUCCAUUAAUUCGGCAUACACGUCCAGAAUCAUGCCCUCGCAAGACCCUUCAGAAUUGCCGAUGCAAGUCGGUAACAAAACCGAAUGUGCCUUACUUGGAUUCGUAGUGGCCCUGGGCGAAAAAUAUCAAACGGUUAGAGAUGACCACCCUGAGGAAACUUUCACGCGGGUCUAUACUUUCAAUAGCGUUAGGAAGAGCAUGUCCACCGUUAUCCCAAGAGAAGGUGGUGGUUACAGGCUUUUCACCAAGGGCGCUUCCGAGAUCAUCAUGAAGAAAUGUGCCUUUAUCUACGGUCGCGACGGUCAUCUGGAAAAAUUUACGAGAGAGAUGCAAGAACGUCUAGUGAAGAACGUGAUAGAACCAAUGGCGUGCGACGGUCUACGUACAAUCUCGAUCGCAUAUCGUGACUUUGUACCGGGGAAGGCGGAGAUCAACCAAGUACACUCGGAAAACGAGCCAAAUUGGGACGAUGAGGAAAACAUCGUGAACAAUUUAACAUGUCUCGCUAUAGUUGGUAUCGAGGAUCCGGUACGUCCCGAGGUACCAGACGCCAUUAAAAAGUGCCAAAAGGCUGGUAUAACGGUGCGAAUGGUAACCGGUGACAAUAUUAAUACGGCUAGGUCGAUCGCCUUGAAGUGCGGCAUAUUCAAACCGAAUGAGGACUUUCUUAUUCUCGAAGGGAAGGAGUUUAAUCGAAGAAUCAGGGACAGUAACGGUGAGGUACAACAACAUCUGUUGGACAAAGUGUGGCCGAAAUUAAGGGUUUUGGCUAGAUCAUCGCCAACCGAUAAGUAUACUUUGGUAAAGGGCAUUAUCGAUAGUAAAGCUACGAGCAGUCGCGAGGUUGUAGCCGUGACCGGUGAUGGUACGAACGAUGGUCCGGCAUUGAAAAAAGCUGACGUUGGAUUUGCAAUGGGUAUUGCUGGAACGGAUGUGGCCAAGGAAGCUUCCGACAUCAUUUUGACGGACGAUAAUUUUUCUUCCAUCGUUAAGGCUGUUAUGUGGGGCAGAAACGUUUACGAUAGUAUAGCAAAGUUCUUGCAAUUUCAGCUGACCGUUAAUGUUGUAGCUGUUAUCGUCGCCUUUAUCGGAGCAUGUGCCGUACAAGAUUCACCAUUAAAAGCGGUACAAAUGUUGUGGGUUAAUUUGAUUAUGGACACGCUAGCCUCGCUUGCCCUUGCUACCGAAAUGCCUACGCCGGAUCUUUUACUUCGCAAACCCUACGGACGCACAAAACCGCUCAUCUCAAGGACGAUGAUGAAAAAUAUUCUUGGUCAAGCGGUUUAUCAGUUGACUGUUAUUUUUAUGCUUCUUUUCGUUGGUGACAAGAUGCUGGAUAUCGAAACUGGUCGAGGAGUUGCGGCUAGAGGUGGCGGACCUACUCAACAUUUCACUGUCAUCUUUAAUACCUUCGUCAUGAUGACUCUUUUCAACGAAUUUAAUGCCAGAAAAAUUCACGGUCAGCGCAAUGUCUUCCAGGGAAUAUUCACCAACCCUAUAUUUUAUUCUAUUUGGAUUGGCACGUGUUUCUCGCAGGUAAUCAUCAUACAAUACGGUAAAAUGGCCUUUAGCACAAAAGCUCUUACGUUAGAACAAUGGAUGUGGUGCCUGUUCUUCGGAAUCGGGACGCUAUUGUGGGGCCAAGUAGUCACGACUAUUCCUACACGGAAGAUACCCAAAAUUCUCUCAUGGGGCCGCGGCCAGCCGGAUGAUAUCGGUGCUAUCAAUCUAGGAGACGAGAAAUUCGACCCAGACUCGGAUAAAAAGCCGCGAGCAGGACAAAUACUAUGGAUCCGUGGUCUAACACGGCUACAGACACAGACGAGCAAUAGAACUCUGGUGCAGAAUGUAUCUGUGACAGGCAGAUCUCCCUCUCAGGAUUACCAUAUGCUUCGAGUAAUCAGAGCGUUCAAGUCGACUCUGGAAGAUCUGGAGGAGCGUCGCUCUGUCCAUAGUUUACACAGCUUACACAGUAUGCGCAGCUCACGCAGCCACACCGGGCCAAGGCCAUUAUCCGACUUCACAUACAUUGACGAAGACCCUACAAACACCACCACCAGCAUGACCAUCAACAACGCGUUCUACGCAGCCAAGAAUACUGCUCACAACAAGAAUACAACCGGUGACCAGGAUCAUGAAACUAAUGCCAAGAGAUCAAGGAUAGCACAACACUCGAUCAACAGUCCAACUUCGCCAUUGUUGCUCAACGUUCCUGGAUCAGCUUACAACAAUCAUUAUACCACCACUACUGCAAAUACCGCUGCUACCACCACCACCACCACCACCAAUAACAACAGAUCCUCAUCCAACAACGCCUUGAAUCAACUCCUCAGCAGUAACCCGGACACCGGCAACAACUCCUUGCUUCUCAGCUCGAACAAUUUGGUCCUACCGGAAUUGACCAAGCUCGUGCAUGAGACCAGCAUUUAAAAGAUUUAUGGCAGCUUUUGCGCAAUGUUGCUAGAAACACCUUUCCCCUAUUCCCAAAGCCCUUUUUCACACACACACACACACUCUCUCUCUCUCUCUUUUUCUUUCUUUCUUUCUCUAUCUUUCUGAACUAUUUUUAAUUAUCACUUUUUAGAUUUCCUUUGAAAUCAAUUUAUACUAUUUGUCUAUAAUACCCUUUUAUAAUAACUCACAUCAACAAUUUUACGAGUCAUUUUGUCUUUUAGGAAUAUACAUUGUCAUAUUUAAUUUGUAUCGUUGAUUUCAAUUAUCUGUCUAUCUAUCUAUCUACUAUCUAUCUAUCUAUCUAUCUAAAUAUCUAUCUUUUUCCCCCGUCACAUGCACUAUCUAUCUAUCUAUUUCUAUGAAAGUCUAUUUAAGCACAUUUAGCACCAAGAUUAUUCUUUACUUCUACAAGUUGUACGAUAGGAAAGUUAAUUAUCCGUUUCUAUAUAUAUGCAAUAAAUAACCGAGGAUCCA